AUGGAGAGGCGCGGUAGUAAAGUAGCGGAGGCUACACUAGCAAUCAGGGAUUCGUCGCCAAGUUCAUCGAAGCCGUUCUCGUGUGUGGUCUGUCAUAAGAGGAAGGUAAAGUGUGAUCGAAAUCAACCAUGCUCAAAUUGCACAAAAGGCAGCGUCAAUUGCAUCUACGAACCUCCACCGCCGCCGCGCCGUCGCAAAAGAAAGUGCGACAUGGUUAGUCGCGCGUCACAAGAACGCGAAAAAUCGCCACAACAAACAAAAAGAAACCGGAGUUUGGAAGGCCCUACAGCAAAGAACUUGCCUUCAAUAGGACCCGGAUUAGCUGGUUCUGAACCGGAGAGGAGCGGAUCUGGGCCGGGGAUGAUGAUCAUGAGAGAGGGCAAUUCGAUAUAUCUUGACGAGUUCGUGAAUUCAAUACCCAAGAUGUGUAAAGCCAAGACUGAUUCCGGCAGUAAUCUUUGGACAAGUGUCAGCCUUGAGCUUCCAGAUGCAACAGAAAUACUGGACGAUGAACCAGACGAAGGUGAAGAUGAUGCAUCCCAGGAUAAUACCAAUGAUUCAAUCAUGCUUCUGAACACCUCAACAAAAGAAAGUCUGAUAGAAUUCCAUCCAAAUCCUCUACAGAUAUUCAGACUAUGGCAGACUUUUCUCGACAAUGUUAAUCCGCUUACCAAGAUUUUACACGCCCCAACAAUUCAACAACAAAUUUUAGAGGCCAUGGGUGAUCUAUCGAGAGUAGGGAAAGAUCUUGAGGCACUGAUGUUCUCUAUAUACUGCAUUUCUCUCGUCUCGUUACAUGCUACAGACGUCGAGAAGUCAUUUGGAGAAAGCAAGAAGAAUUUUCUAUUUAGACUCCGGCGGGGAGCUCGACUGGCUCUGAGAAAUGCUUCGUUUCUUCGAACAUCGAGCACAAUGGUCCUCCAAGCAUUUAUGUUGUAUCUGCUUUCCCUUCGCGGGUUCUCAGACCCCCAUACAAUUUGGACUUUGUCUGGCACUGCAGUUCGAAUAGCACAGAGAAUUGGAAUCCAUCGAGAUGGCUCUGGAUAUGGGCUUUCUGUAUUUGAGACUGAGAUGCGACGCCGGAUUUGGGUCCAGCUCAUGAUUCUAGAUGCUACAUCGGCACAAUCUUGUGGCAUGGCUGCUGGCCCUUUACCGAUAAACGCUGAUACUAAGCCGCCCAUGAAUGUGAACGACAGUGAUCUUGACCCGCGCAUGACAGAGCUGGCAUGCGAAAAAGAUGGUCCCACGGAGAUGUUCUUUUGCCUUGCCCGAAGUGAGUUUGGGAAAUGGCUUCGUCGUUGGAGCCAGGUUUCUGGGAGCUGGCAGUCGUCCUGGGCCUUUCUUUCUUCGCCGUCGAUGGCCCUGUCGGAAAAAGACAAAGCAAUUGAUGACUUGGAGGGGAUUAUGGAUCAGAAGUUCUUGAAGUAUUGCGAUAUAUCUAUUCCUGUCCACCUGGCCACUUUCCUCAUGGCUCGCUCGGCGAUCGCCUAUACCAGAUUGAUGGCACACCAUCCACGCCAAUACCAGGAGCCGAAUGCUCGCAUUCCCCAGCCAGAAAAAGAUAUCAUAUUUGAAAGCUGUUUCAAAAUGGUGGAAUAUACGAGUUGUGCACAGAAAAACCCGGAAGUCCGGCGAUUUUCAUGGCAUAUGGUUAACCACAUGCCGUGGGACGCUAUGAUCUUCAUGCUGUCAGAAAUGCGGCAUCGGCUUGACCGAGAAGAAAAAGAAAAGGCCUGGCAUAUGAUAGGAAAAAUAUACGCACGCCAUCUCCGUCAGUUGGACAAGCAUUCCCGGAUGCCGCUUCACACGGCAUUUCAAAAUCUAAUCGUCAAGGCAUGGAAAGCCUACAUCGAAGACUGCAAUGAUCAAGGCCAAACUCCAACGGAAUGUCCUGAAUUGGUGGCAAACUUGUUAGUAGACUCCAAAGGUUACACGGAAGCACAACCGCCGGAGGAAAAUACAAGGAUUUCCGAGCAGGAUACUACUCCCUUGCCAGUCCAACUUGGUCUCGAUAGCUCGACCACCUCUCUCGAUUUGGCAGCCGAGCGAAUUGACUUCUUGCUUGAUAGCCCAAUGGUUUGGAGCGAGUGGGAUGCCCUCAUGAAUCAAUUUCAAGAAUCGCUCGUUGACGACAUGACUUUGGUGCCGGGACCUCUAUGA